GCGGAGAAGAGAAGACGUGGUCUAUUUCUGUGCUAUAAGCUUUUAUUUGUGCUGGACAGCUGCUCAGGCGGAUCUAUAUUGGUUGAAGGACGUGAUGCUGCUGUAUCUGACAUCCUUUAUUUGAUAUGAGAGAGGACCACAGGCACAAAAUCAUACCAUGGCAUCAGAAAAACGGUGUCAAUUGAUACGGGCGACAUGAGCAUGAGCUGCAGAAGGAAGCAACCUGAGCUCUUCAAAUCUGAAAACACACAAAAGCCACAGAAAGACAGCUUGUUUGCUCUUCGAGUCGUCUUUCUGGAUGAUAGCGAGCAUGUUUUUGAAAUGGAGCAAAGGGUGCUGGGGAAAGAUUUCUUCAGCGCAGUAUGUGGACACCUAAAACUUGUGGAAAGGGAAUACUUCGGGCUUGAAUUUCGACAUCAUUGUGGCAGUUAUGUUUGGUUGGAACUGCUUAAGCCUCUUGCAAAACAAAUUAAAAGAAGAAAUAAUCUGACUUUCCGCUUCAUAGUGAAGUUUUUUCCUCCAGACCCAGGACAACUGCAGAAAGAGCUGACCAGGUAUCUGUUUGCGCUGCAGAUCAAGCAGGAUCUGUGUAACGGCAGUCUGACGUGUAACGAUAACAGCGCUGCUCUGCUGGUUUCCUAUCUUCUUCAGGCAGAGAUCGGUGACUAUGUAGAAGAGCUGGACAAGCAGCAUUUGGACAACAAGAGGUACAUUCCCAACCAGGAGUGCCUCCACAAAAAGAUCAUGCGUUUCCAUAAGAGACACAGAGGUCAGUCCCCAGCCGAAGCAGAUAGUCAGUUGCUUGAAGUGGCUCGUAAGCUGGACAUGUACGGCAUCCGGCCUCAGGCUGCCAGCGACGGAGAAGACAUGAGAAUCAACUUAGCCGUCACUCACUCUGGAGUGCUGGUUUUUCAGGGAAAUACUAAAAUAAACACGUUCAGCUGGGCCAAUAUUCGUAAACUCAGCUUCAAGAGAAAACACUUUUUGAUAAAACUUCAUGCAACAGUUGCGGCGUCCCAUAAGGACACUUUAGAGUUUUCCAUGGCCGGUCGAGACGUUUGUAAGGCCUUCUGGAAGAUGUGUGUGGAAUACCAUGCUUUCUUCCGUCUUUCUGAGGAACCGAAGGGCAAGCAAAAAUCGCUCCUCUACAGCAAGGGAUCCUGCUUUAGAUACAGUGGAAGAACUCAAAAGCAGCUUUUGGACUUUGCAAAGAAAUCUGAGAAGAACAACUUACCUUUUCAGAGGAAGUACUGUAGAGAUUACUACGAUUCACGACAAUGCAGAUCUUCACCCGACUUACUGACGGACGUUUCCAAACAGGCAUACGAGCAGCAGUCGUGUGGUUUUCCUCAUGCGGGAAGCGCCAUGCGCAGUCAGUCGGCUGUGGAGGUUCUUGUCUCAUCAGAGCCAGAGGUUUCUCAGGCGUCUUCCCUUCGGCCCUUCCACUCUGAGGCCGAUGCAGGACCCUGUGCACAGCGGGAGCACAGGAACAACUGGAGAGCCCGGUGCAGAUGCUGUUCUUCACAGCGUGGCCGUUUGAACAGACAGCAGCUGGUGCUGCUUUACCCAAACCAGCCUCAUGCCUGCCUGCAUCCGCUGUUGCCUGUGUGCCCGUCGUUCGCUCUGGAUCAUUCCUGCGCUCCGGUCCUGGUGCCGUGCUGCAGCCACAUGACUCAUCAGAUGCCUCCAGCGACAGCCUGCUUCCUGGACGAUGCCAUGCGCUCCUCCAGCUUCUCCGGAUCCUCUUACGCUUCCCCGGCGCUUAUAAACUGGCAACGGUACGCUGGGAUAGGUUGGCCUCUGGUUCCUGGGUUUUACGUAGCAGGAAGCUUUGGAGAGCGAGAUCAGGAAGAGUUAGGCCACUUCAGUGACGACUGCAGCUACCAAACGGGACUUCCUCGCCGGUCCUACAGCCAGUCCGAUGUCAGACUGUUGUGUGAGCCGGCAGAGUUUCGCCCACUGGGUCACUAUCCUCACCUGUCUCGACGGCAGGGCCUCACGCGGCCCACGUACCUGCCGGUGCAUUCGGAGCGACCGACGGACGGCAGCAGGUCAGAACUGAGCCAGAGCGACUCGGAUCCGGACGUGGUGUGUUCGUUCUACUGUCCCGGGAUCAGCAGACUGGUGCGCUCCACACCUCUGGCGCGAAUGCGCAUUUCCUCCGGAAGCUUACAGCUGGAUGAAGAGGAGGAGCGUUCGUUUAGUAAUGAAUCUGUAACAGCCGUCAAAGGCAGACACAAGUCCUGAGAUACACGAGGAAUAAAACUGAAAAGUCAUUCAGUAGCCAACAGCAUUAACUAUAUGUGACCCUGGACCACAAAACCAGUCAUAAGGGUUCAUUUUUCGAUGUAUGAUUUGUAAGUAUUGGAUAAUAUUUGGCUGAGAUACAACUAUUUAAAAAUCUGAAAUCUGAGGGUGCAAAAAAAUCUAAAUAUUGAGAAAAUCACCUUUAAGUUUCUUAGCAAUGCAUAUUACUAAUCAAAAAUUAAGUUUUGAUAUAUUUAUGGUAGGAAAUUUACAAAGUAUCUUCAUGGAACAUGAUCUUUACUUAAUAUCCUAAUGAUUUUUGGCAUAAAAGAAAAAAAAUCAAUCAUUUUGACCCAUACAAUGUAUUUUUGACUAUUGCUACAAAUAUACCUGUGCUACUUAUGACUGGUUUUGUAGUCCAGGGUCACAUAUUAUGAACAUACAUGAAAUAAUAGUCAGAAAAAUCUAAUAUUUAAGACAAUGGAAGAGUUUAUUGAACAGUUUCAGUUUGCAUAUGUUUUUUGCUGAGUAUCAUAUUUGAUAUCUCAUAUUUUUAGGAAUAAGAAUACGGUGAGGAAAAAUGUCUAAAUUUUAUUCAGAGGCUCAAAAUGAGCAAAAAAUACUUUUUAGUUCAGAUGCUGAUAUUUAUAUGGGCAAAAAGUGAAAUUCUCAUGCUUGUAAAUCAGAAAGAUCUUCAUAACAGUAUAGCAGAUACAUAAAAUGAGAAAUAUCAGUAAUCACUCUGUAUUUUCAAUAAUAUGUCUUAGUAAGAUAAAAUUUAAAUGAUUAGUUUAUUGAAUCAAAACAUACAAUGCAAUGCAAUACAAUGAUGAUUGAGAGAUGAACAA